AAAAAAAAAAAUUAUAUAUAAAAAGCUCAAAACAAUGCCUAAAUCUAUUUCAAAAUAUAUUAUUUUAAGGAAUAAAUAUUCACAAAAAAUGGAUACCAUCGGUGAGAAAAUUUCCUUUAACCGUUCAAAGGAACAACAAAAGACGCGCAAAGUCGUAGACUCGCCACCGACUUUGAAUUUACCUUUUCCACCUCAUAUCGUUCCCGAAGAUUUAAUAAAUAGUAAAACACGCAAACUUCCUUCCAAGCCUUCAAAUGCUUUCUUUAUUUACCGUAAAGUUUAUACUAGGGAAUUAAUUGCUCAAAAUUUACGGUUUAAGAUGACAGAUGUUUCACCUUGGGUCUCAACCUCUUGGAACAAUGAACCUGAGGAAGUUAAAGCUAAAUAUAAAGAGAUUGCGAAGGAAGUUCGAAAAAUUUAUAAACAAACUAAACUUGAUGCUGCAGAUGAAUCAGAAAUUAUAUCUGCUAAUACUUCACCAAAACUAUCAUGUACUCAACCUUUAACUCCUUUACCAACUCCACCACUUGAAGAAAAUAAUUUUAAUUUCGAAAUUUCAAAUCCUGAAUUGUCUCAAGAGUAUUAUUUUUAUGGACAAUUAAUUAAUACAGGAUCGCAAAAUUCCAGUAUGAAUAAUGAAUUAAAUUAUUAUAAUGGUACUUCAACACUUACCGAUUCCAAUAAUUUAUUUGAAUUGUCUUCAGAUAAUUCCACUUUAUUGCAAAAUAGUUCUGAAUUUUAUGAUUCACCUUCGAAUAUUUUUGAAAAUAUAAGCACCGAAUUAGCAUAUCCAAAAUAUAUGCAAUUUCCAAACAACUCUUCACAAUUAGAGGAACCUUAUACAUUAGAUUUUAUUCAUAACAAUACCGACAAUGUCAAUCCAUUUGAAUGGAAUUAUGAAGAGUUUCAUCAUUAUUAAAAGAAAACAAAAAUUCUAAUUAUUUAAAGUAUCUGUUGAGCCAAGUGUAAUAUAUAAGGACUAUCAUUUAAUGUUCUUUUUUUGUAAAAUAAAAAGAAUUUGUAAGUAAUAUAAUGAAUUUUCAUUAUGGUAACAUAAUACAAAAUAAUUAAAAUUGGUUAGUCU